CAAACAGUACCGCCGCAACAACCGAACGAUUUAAAUGUGUCUAUAAAAAAGAUUCACCUCAAAUAAAAAGAAACUUGCUUAUAUACAUACACACAUACAUAUGUAUAUUUUCCUAUCUUACUCAUAUUCGCGAGUGUUAACAUUAAAUUAGUGGCUCCCCAAACAAUAAAAAAACAAAAUAUCUCAAAGUAUGAAAUGCCAAAGCAUUAAGAAUAAGAACAAUUAUUAAUUUGACAAAAUACACUCUCGCGUUUUAUUCUCACUGCUGUUAUUGCUUGUGAGCGGGCAGCAGUCUCGACGUGUCUCAGGGGCAACUGUUUUUUGGGGGAGAAUUUGUGUUUGUUUGAUUUGGCAUUUCGGCGGUAGUUGCUGCUCUACUCAAAACAAAACAAUCGAAAUACACGCUCCACACAAGCACAAACGAUUAACAAAGGCAAAGACUUUACAGCUGACGUUGCCGUUUCUUUCUGUUUUCCUCAGACGUUGGUUGACCGGAGUGGUGUUUAUAAAUAAAAAAUAAAACAAUUUACACAACUGCUGAACACAGAGAAAUUUGCAAACAGAUUUUUGGCAAAAUAAAUUUUAUUUGCAAGCAGCCAUAUUCCCAGGUAAAAUGGACACAGAUCCUGCAAUGGCCAAUUUCAAGGUAUUGUAUGUGCUAACACAACUCUGCGGUCUUACCAUGAUUGUGCUGAUGGGCAGCUGGAUUGGUGUGCAUAUGGGUGGACUCGGUGGUACUGGCAAUCCUUCACUGGAGUUUAACUGGCAUCCAUUGCUGAUGACUAUUGGCUUGAUCUUUUUGUAUGGCAACGCAAUCUUGGUAUAUCGAGGCUUGCGCACGCUGCGCAAGAAAACUUUGAAGUUAACUCAUGCUGCCUUGCAUAUGGGCGCCUUCAUACUCACAGUCAUUGCAUUGAAAACCGUAUUCGAUUCCCAUAAUCUGGCCAAAGAUCCCAUACCGAAUAUGUAUUCGCUGCACUCAUGGUUGGGUUUGUCGGCUGUCUUGAUCUUCAGUUUGCAAUAUGUGAUUGGAUUUACGGCCUAUUUGGUGCCUGGUGCAAAGGAAUCUUUCAGGGCUGCUUUGAUGCCCUUGCAUGUGUACUUUGGUCUAUUUGGCUUUGUUUUGGCGGUGGCAUCAGCUUGCAUGGGCAUUACCGAGAAGGCCAUAUUUUCUUUGGGCAGCGCCUAUUCCACAUUACCAAGUUCCGCUGUUAUGGUCAAUCUUUGUGGUGUGCUGUUUGUGGUCUUUGGCGGUUUGGUUGUAUUUUUGGCCACCAAUCCUGCCUAUAAGCGAAAACCUUUGCCCGAGGAUACAGUUCUCUUAACUGGUGCUUCAGAAUAAAGUCUUUAUUACUAUUAAGUUUAUAGAAAUAUAUAUAUAUAUUUUUUUAAUUUGUCUUAAGUUUUCUGACGAAACACUGUCACAAUAUGUAAGCUCAAGUUUUUUUUUUUAUGUUUACAGUGUGAUGUUUUAAACGUCGCUUUUUUCUUUUUUUAACAACCCCAAAAAAUUCAGUCUAUCCGUCUAAGAAAAGUUUUGAUUAUAAGAAAGCAGCUCAUAUUUAUGUUUGCAUACAUACUCCAACAGAAUGUCUAUCUGAAGAGAAGCCUCGAAGUUUCCCACUAUUCCAAAAUAUUCAAACUAUGCUCAAGAGUCAAUAAAAAUCUAAUAUAAACUGUUUUCUUAUAAACAAUACAACAAAAAAAAAAGUAAACUGGUGCACAAAUAACUGUGGUGCUACACUCUAGCAAAACUAAAGAUUUUUAAACAUUAUUUUGUUUUAUGUUUUUGUUUUUUGUUUAAUAUUUCUUGUCUUAGUUUGAAUUGAAUGAAAUCAAAAAAAAGUAUUUUACAACUACCUUACGCAAAUCAAAAAUGAAUGUAAAAAUAUUAUAUAUACAAUGUCAUUGAUAAUAUACAUACAUACAUGCAUAUUAAAUACAGAAGUACAUAUAUUUCGCAUUACAUUCACAUGCACACAUAUAUAUAUAUAUACAAAUACUAAUUAUUAUUAUUGUUAUCCAGUAUAAAUAUUUUAUAAAACAGAGAGUGUAAAACAAUAUCCCUUCCCCCCAUUAUAAACUAUUUACUAAAGUCUUGAUAUACAACUUAAUCACAUAAACGAAAUCUAUCUAUCUAGAAAUGUCUCUUUAUGCUAAUCUAAAAAAAAAAAGGAAUAUUAAAUAAAUGUUAUUAAAUUAUACACAUAAAAACAA